UCUUCCUCCCUGCUCCCAGGGAAAAGCUUCUACCAAAGAGAGCUGCUGCUCAGACUGGUCUGUCUUCAUUCACUCCAGCAAGGAGUUCUCUCACCCCUGUGUAUGUAGGGAGGCAGGAUGCAACCCGUGCUUUGGCUGGUGACCAGCACCCUGGCAGCACUGCUGGGCAUGGCCCUGCUGGAGGAUGGUGUGUGCCGGGCACCAGACGGCAAGGACGGCUUCCCUGGAGCCCCUGGCCUUGACGGGAGGCCAGGGCAGAAGGGUGACGUGGGAGAGCCAGGGAGAUCAGCACAGAGGACGGGCAUCCAGGGACUGAAAGGGGAUGCAGGUGAGCCAGGGCCUCCUGGCACCCCAGGGAACCGAGGCUACCAUGGCUCGCCCGGCCUCCCCGGCUUCGCUGGGCAGCCGGGGCCGAAGGGGGUCAAGGGGAAAGCUGGCAAUGUCCUGCAGCAGCCACAUCCUGCCUUCUCUGCCUCACGGAGGUCCCCACCGUCCAGGGGCAGUACCGUGGUGUUUGACAAUAUCAUCACCAACCAGGAGAGCUCCUACAGCCCCCAGACCGGGGAGUUCACCUGCCGCAUCCCCGGGCUCUACUACUUCUCCUACCAGGUGAUCUCCAGUGGUGACCUCUGCCUGAGCAUCACCAAAAACAGAGAGAACGUGGUCAGCUUCUGUGACUCCAACAGCCGCCAAAUGCUGCAGGUGAACUCGGGCAGCAGUGUGCUCAGCCUGGUGCAGGGGGACCGGGUCUCCCUCAGCACCGACUCUGCCCGGGGCAGCACGAUCUACAGUGGCUCUGAGGCAGACAGCGUCUUCAGUGGCUUCAUGCUCUUCCCGCUGAUGGGCUGAUGGGUCCAUCCACCAGCCUGGAUGUACCCUGCACCAGAGCAUCGCAGGGCGUGUGUCUGGGGUGGUUUUUUGACCCUGUGAGUGCAUGAGAUGGUUCAGUAUGACAGCAAGCACAGAUGGCUGCAAAUUGAGUCACCAGAUGGGUCCUGUGCUUCCACAAGUGUCACAGAGUGGCCAGGCUGUGGGUCAGCACUGGAGCAGUUACCUCCAUGCUGAGCCUUCCCACUCCACCCUGGAGGCAGAGGACUCCUGGACCGAGCAGCCUUUUCUCUUCCUGGGCAUUCAGACCGCACAUUGGAAAGGUCCAGUUGUCCCUGCGGCCCUUUACCAGCUAUGGUUCUUUGCUCCUGAGUGGGAAAUCGCUGCGUGCCGCUGCUUCUGCUACACCAACCAUUGCAAACGCCUUUCUGGCACCCAGCCACUGCUGCCUUUCACACCCUUCUCCAUCUGCAAAAUAAACCCUUCUUCCACAACA